AUGAGUUUCUUUUGGUCGAAAUUUAAGCAAGCUCAAAGUCCACUGUACUUGAAACUUUUGCUUGACGAAGCAAGGAAAUGGAAAUCGUUCACACCUAUAGCUGAAAUGGAACUGAUGUCAACUGUAAAAGGUGCUAUCACCGGGCUGUUCAAUAAUCUUGAAAAGAAGUUUGGUACUCCAUUGGUCAGUCACGCCCUUGGUUUUGUAACAAUAGGUUUAUCAGGACUUACCGAAUUCGAGAUUAACGAUGCAUUAUCAUGUGAUGACGACGUUUUGAAUGAAGUAUACAGAUUUCAUGACCCACCAGUUCAAGGAAUUGUUCAAAUACCGCCAUUGCUAUGGGCAGGAAUAUGGUAUGAUAUUCGUGGAUAUCUUGUGGAGAGGAUGUCGUAUGGGAAGACGACUUUGAACUGGUAUCAUAGGGAGUUUGUACUCGCCGCUACUGACAUGUAUACAAAGGGAGACAAUGAGGUACUCCUCAAUGAAGUUUUGUUUGAGAUACACCGUCAGGAAAAUGGGAUCAAACGGACCAUAAAACUGCAGAAUCGGAAUCAGCUAGAAAUAAUAGAUGCCGACAGACAAGUAACUCCCCAGCCGUACAAAGAUGACAAUAAACGCAAGCUGGCGUGCUUACCUUAUUAUACACUACGUGCAUAUAAGGCAAUAGGGAUAGAUCGGGCGAAAGCAGAAGUUUACUGCAAUUUCAAGUAUUUAAAUGCAAAGAUAACUGCUUUUUCUAUCUCGGCCGUUGUCAAUGACCUUUCAGAUUUUGUCGAACAGAGCAAUGACAAGGAAGUUAAAUUACUUUUAAACUUCAUAGUGAAUUGCAGACAAGAUCUGACUAAUCAGAUUAGGUUUGCAUUUUGUUCAUUGGCGUACGUCAAUCCGGAAAACAAACAUUACCAACUAAAGGAGUUGCUGAAUGACACAUUUGUGUUUCUUGAGUCCAGAAAGAAGCACAUUCUGAUUCCUGAAUUUCCAUGUCUUGCGCAAAGACGCAACGCGUCAGAUGCCUUUCAAACAUCUAUUCAAGGGAUAUCAGACAUUCUAACGACUUCGAGCAGUAAUGUACUGUUACAGAAACAAAUUGAAACCUUUGAUGAUGAAGUUGAAGAAUGCCAAGUGCAGUCCGACAUUGCCGUUUGGAGAACAGAGACACAAGAAUUAAUAAACGUAGAGAUACAAGACGACACAACUCCAGUUAGUCGAUAUAUACUCGGUGAUGAGUACAUGAAUUACAUUACAAAAGGUGCACUUGUACGAUAUAGGUACAGUGACAGUAAAUCGGAAACGGUCCUGUUUAAGGAUAUUAUUGCUGAAUGGAAAACCAGUAAUUGUGUACAUAGUAUAUUUGCAAAUUCAGAGGCCACUACAGGAGUGCUUGUUCAGGAUUGUUCGAUUACUUUGAUAAACCUUGAAAGGAUGGAACAAAUACAAGAAUUUAAAAUCCCAAAUAAAAAUCUUAACAUAGACAACGUGUUUGUGCUGAGCAGUAGCCAAAAACUGAUUGCAGUUGGCAAAAACUAUAAUCUGUCUGCAAAAAAUCAGCAACCGAACUCAGAGGGCCUAAGUUCUGUCUUAGUAUUCGAACAAGGUAAAGAUCUUCCAAUACAAAUACUAGAGUUUGAGAAACAUUUAGAUUGUAAAACAGCUGUUCUGUCUUGCAGGGAUCAAUGGUUUCUCAUUCCUGCUGAAAGAGAAUCGAUGCCAACAAUAUCCGAAAACCAAACAGGACCUGACAUACCAGGUUCAGGUGUUCAAUUACUGGCUUUUGACAUAGGCGAAAGUUGUUUCACGCGGAAAGAAAUCAAACUGCCAUCAGCAGUAAGCAAGAUAUCUGUACAUCCAGAAAAGAGAAAUGGUGUUGUUUUAAGCAGCAAUGGACAGGCUUACAGUGUGCAGGAAAAUAAGUUUUCAGCAAAAGCAGCUGACCUAGAAAUACAUUUGAAUUUUCCUAUAAAAGUCUUCACUGUUUCUUGGGAAGAUGGCAUAGGUUUAUUUUGUUCAAGUGGAGGAAAACUGGCCGUGUAUGAUUUAAAAUCAGACAACAUCCUUUAUGUCUUUGCUGCGCAUUCUGGCCAGAUAAAAGAUAUUUGUCUUUUGGAUCAGCAGCUUAUAACUCUGGGAGAAGAUAAAGAAAUGAAAUCAUGGGCUGUCAAAACUCUCCUUCAAGACACGAACACAGCUAGUAAUGAUACAGAUCUUACAGAAGUGAAUGAAACAUUGCUAGAGCAAACUAAUGUAGUAGGUAUGUCUCCAUCAUACAACGGAAUGGAGUUCAUUACAUGUCAUGAUGGUGGUAUUUUAAAGUUCAGUUGCGUUUCAUGA